AUGUCGCGCUCUAUGAUGCUCUUGUCAGCUCAGAGGAGCUGCUCAAGUCUCCUCGGUUCGACCGCCUUUCGUGGGCUUGCGAUUCGACAAUAUGCCACUGCCACGAGGAAGAAGUCCGUCGAGAAGCCCGCCACGAAAUCCAGCGAGCCUGCCGCAACUGCCCCCACUAUCGAGAAAGCAAACAACGACUCCGUAAUUAUGCGCACCUACAAGCCGCGAACACCCGGAGUCCGUCAUCUGAAGCGUCCGAUCAACGAUCACCUGUGGAAGGGCCGACCCUUCCUGCCACUGACCUACCCCAAGAAGGGCCACGGCAAGGGAGGUCGUAACAACUCUGGAAGGAUCACCGUCAGACAUCACGGAGGUGGCGCGAAGAGGAGGAUACGAACCGUUGAUUUUGAGCGCUGGCAGGCUGGUCCGCAUCUGGUCGAUCGCAUCGAGUACGAUCCGGGUCGAAGUGCUCACAUUGCGCUGCUCUCGAACAAGUCUACCGGGCGCAAGAGCUACAUCGUUGCUGCUGAGGGUAUGCGUGCCGGCGACGUCGUCCACAGCUACCGUUCCGGUAUCCCCAAGGACCUUCUUGACAGCAUGGGUGGCGUCGUCGAUCCCGGUAUUUUGGCAGCCAAAACGGCCUGGAGAGGCAACUGCUUGCCCAUGCACAUGAUUCCUGUUGGUACUGUUAUCUUCAACGUCGGCUCGAGAGCCAAGGGCGGUGCUGUGUUCUGUCGCAGUGCUGGUACCUACGCAAUCUUGGUUUCCAAGGAGGAAGAGACCAGGGACGACGGUACCAAGGUUGUUACGGGCAAGUACAUCAACGUUCGUCUUCAGAGCGGCGAGAUUCGCAGAGUCAGCAAAGACGCUUGCGCAACGAUUGGAGUCGCUAGCAACCCCCACCACCAGUACAGACAAUUGGGCAAGGCCGGACGAAGCAGAUGGCUCAACAUUCGCCCCACGGUUCGUGGUCUUGCCAUGAACUCCGUUGACCACCCUCACGGUGGUGGUCGUGGUAAGUCGAAGGGUAAUCGCCACCCUACCAGUCCAUGGGGCACUCCCGCCAAGGGCGGCUUCAAGACCCGUCGCAAGCACAACUUCAACAAGUGGGUUGUCGAGCCCAGAACGGACGCGAACAGACAUUUACCGAGCCUGAAACGACGCUCGAUGCCCCUGCUGUAA